AUGCGCCCAACUCUUCGUCGCUCCUGUGCUGCCUGUGCCAAGUUCAAGCACAGCUGCGACCUCCGCACUCCGCGCUGCUCUCGCUGCAUCAAGCGCAACGUCCCGUGCGUCUACGCGAACCAGCCCUUGACUGCCCCGCCCGCCGCUCUCAACCAGGACGCCGGCUCGCUAGUUCCUGCGACUGGCUUGAGCGAGUAUAGAUUCGGGUCUCUGGAUCCAUUCGACUCGUAUCCCCCGACCAGACUACCCCGGGAACAUGUCCAGCGUCUCAUAUAUAGCUUCCUGCAUAAAAUUGCCUUCCAGUACUAUCCACUCGACCUGAAUGCAACGUCAAAUCCAUUCCUUGUCUCGUGGUGGCCUCUGGCAUUGGGUGAUCCCGCGCUCUUCCACGUCUCGCUGCAGACGGCAUGUCUUGAUGAGGAACUGCUCGCCCAGAAGGGCUUCCAUGCGUCGGAGAUCCUCAUGGCCGACUCUGUAGCGUUACUCCGCCGCAAAGUGCAAGAUCCGUCUCUGGCUGUUCAAGAUGGGACGAUGAACUCGGUCAUCACCUUGGCUGCUAUUGAGUUCGGCAAAGGCAAUAUCAAGGUCAGCCAGAUGCACGUCGACGGCGCAAAGAAGCUAGUAGAAAUGAGAGGCGGCAUCAAUUCAGUACGGCAAACCAGUCCGUUGACUGCGCGGAUGAUCAGCUGGGUAUCGAUGCUCGUAAUGGGCCAUCCGCAGUUCUCAACACAAGACGACGUCGGAAUCGGAGACGGCAUCCCUCUUGUACCGGAGUGGCAGCUGGAUAUGUCCACGGACGACCCAUACCUCCAAGCCACCUUGGACCUCAUAUGUGAUAGCGAAGUUCGCAAUGUCUUCGCCCGUCUACGCAAUGUCUUUACCAGAGCACGCCGGCUGCCUUUGUCAAGUACACGGCUUCACGAUUUGACCUGCUUCGUUAUACACCGAUUACUCGCAACAAACCCAUCAUCUUCCUCGCCAUCACCCUCACCAUCAUCACCCAUCACAGAGAGCAUCCGCCACACCACAAUCCUGUACAUGUUCAUCAUCCACGGCCCAACAUACUACUCCCACGACUUCAUAAUGGGCACGAUCGCCACGAACCUAAUCACAAACCUCAUCCACCUCGACUCAACAUCCCGCUUCCCCGUCUCAAUCGACGUCUGGUUUCUAGCCAUCGGGCUCGUCGCGUCGUCAAACACGCCGAACUAUCAAUGGUUUGCGGACCGAGCUCAGAGCAUAGUCCACCCGCUGCAAAUACACAGCUGGGAUGAUGUCGUUAUGCACGUGAAAACGGUGCUGUGGCUGGAGACCCCGGAUGAUACUGUUUUCAGGUCGCAUUGGGAUGCUAUUCUUCCACGGCCUGUUGUUACAGAUGUUACGGAGAUUGCAGAUGCAGAUACAGAUAUUACGGGUACGUCGUGUACUACCGGUCUAGCCUUGCCGGAUACAGUCUCCCCGAGUGCUCUUGUAUUAGACACGAAUAUAAUGUAA